UCAAUCUUUUUAUCUCUUUCAAAAUCACACCCAAAAGGAAAGAGAAAUGAAAAAUUUUGGGAGAGAUAAGCAUCUCUUCUAGUUCCAUUUCUACCCCAGGUUUCUGUGGGUAGCUUCAAAGUUCUUUUUUCUAGUGAACAGGCUGAAGAAUUAAACUCUUAUUCCAAGUUGUGAUGAAAAACAUCAUCAAAUUUCAAUAGAUGCUCAAAUAUUUGAGUUAAAAACAGAGUGGGUGUUCCAAUUUUUAUUUUUUAUUUUUUAAUAAAUCUUGUAUUUUUUUGCAAGUCUAAACCAAAACCCAGAAGGAAUGAUUCAAUUUUCACCGUUAAUUGAUUUGAUUGGGAUGCAGAAGAGGAUGGAAUUUUGGUUUUUUUUCAACUGGGGAUGUAUUUCCAAGACUUUAGCCUGUUGUGCAGUUUAGUGUUAUUGGUGCAGCAUAAUGUGUGCAAGUUGAAGAAUCAUGGAAGAUUUGGUUCAGACACCAAAUUUUCUGGGGAUGGAUAUUUCCGGAAGCAUUUGAAAUCAGGAAGGAGAUACUUCUCCAAAAGCAGAGGGCCUUUUGUUUCUUGUUCCCUUGUACCUUCAACUAGUGAGCUAAGCGAUGCACGGGUGAUUUAUUGUGUAGCUCCUGCCAUGGGCCAUAACCAGGAGUCACAUCCGGAAUCUAAUUUUAGGGUUCCUGCAAUUGUGAGUGCUCUGGAAAAGAUGGAACUGUCACCAAUGUUCCGUGGCUCAGAGAUCCUUGAACUUCAUAGUUUCAGUCCUGCUUCAGUGGAAGAUAUAGCAAGUGUUCACACAAAGGCCUAUGUAUCAGGUCUUGAGAAGAGUAUGGAUCAGGCUUCACAGAAAGGAAUUAUUUACAUUGAUGGCUCUGGACCAACAUAUGCUACUGCAACUACUUUCCAAGAAUCACUACUUGCAGCUGGAGCAGGAAUCACCUUAGUUGAUUCAGUGGUAGCAGCAUCAAAGAGCAGCCAGGACCCACCAAUGGGUUUUGCUUUGAUAAGACCUCCAGGUCAUCAUGCAAUUCCAAAAGGUCCUAUGGGCUUUUGUGUUUUUGGAAAUGUGGCCAUUGCAGCUCGUUAUGCCCAACGUGUACAUGGAUUAAAGCGUGUGUUUAUCAUUGAUUUUGACGUUCAUCAUGGGAAUGGAACAAAUGAUGCAUUCUAUGAUGACCCAGAUAUAUUCUUCCUUUCAACUCAUCAAGAUGGAAGCUACCCUGGUACUGGUAAAAUUGAUGAGGUAGGCCAUGGCAGUGGUGAAGGAGCGACACUAAAUUUGCCCCUACCAGGAGGCUCAGGUGAUAUUGCCAUGAGGACUGUUUUUGAUGAAGUCAUUGUACCAUCUGCCCAGAGGUUCAAGCCAGACAUAAUUCUCGUCUCAGCUGGUUAUGAUGGGCAUGUAUUGGAUCCGCUAGCCAGUCUGCAAUUUACUACUGGAACAUACUACAUGCUUGCAUCUAACAUUAAACAGCUCGCCAAAGAUCUAUGUGGGGGCCGCUGCGUAUUUUUCCUGGAAGGAGGAUACAACCUCAGCUCGCUUUCAUAUUCAGUGGCAGACUCAUUUCGUGCUUUUCUUGGGGAGCCAAGUUUGGCAUCUGAGUUUGAUGACCCUGCCAUCUUAUAUGAAGAGCCGUCCACUAAGGUGAAACAAGCAAUUCAAAAAGUUAAACACUUACAUUCCCUGUGAAGACGUCUAAAACUUCAUGAUUCUGCUAUGUGAAAGGUUCGUCUUGCUAAAGAUACAGCGUCCAUGAAACCACAAGUGAAUCAAAUGUUGUAUUUAGGCCCUGCACUAUCUUUAGUGUCUUGCUUACCUCAACACUAAAUCCUGGGUUGUAGAUUCCUCUGAAAAUGCCUUGUAUAGUAUAAAAAUCAAUUAUCAUUUCAUGUAUUGUGGUGUGGCUGAUGCUCAUUACUAUUGUUUUAUUGAGGGAGGAUUUCAUGGC